GAAAAUCACCAGUUGGAGCACUGGUGCAAAUAAGAAAGAAGUUAUGGACUAUUGUGCUGUUUCCGAUGAUAUUCUGGUAUGUUGAAGGAAUUCAACUUACAUCAAGCAGUGCAGGAGGCGAGACAGAAAACUACGUUGAGCGGAUACUGGGAGUAAAUGGUAUUUUUAAUGAAAUUACUCAAUACUUGGAACAGGUAUCAACAGUGCUAGAGUUUGGCCGCAUAGUAAUUUAUACUACCAGUCUUCGUGUGGUGAGAACCACUUUUGAAAGGUGCGAACUGGUUAGAAAGAUCUUUCAAAAUCACAGAGUUAAAUUUGAAGAAAAAAACAUUGCUCUGAACAGCGAUUAUGGAAAAGAACUAGAUGAAAGAUGCAGGAGGGUCUGUGAAGUUCCCUCACUCCCUGUUGUGUUUAUCGAUGGCCAUUAUCUUGGGGGUGCUGAGAAAAUUUUGCUAAUGAAUGAAUCCGGGGAACUGCAGGAUCUCUUAACCAAAAUUGAG